AUGGAAUAUCCAACUUCCUACAGUGAACGUGACAAUCCUGUGUUGAAAAGGAGAAGAACUUUCAUAGCUUGCAACCGUUGUAAGGUACGAAAGAGAAAGUGCGACGGUCAUACCGUGUGUAGAAACUGUUCCAAUGCUAAUAAGGAAUGUGUGUAUGAAGGCACCGUUUCCCAGAAGUCGUUGUUGGAGUAUGAGCGUUACAUAGAGACUCUCCAGCUCAAGCUUGAACAGACAGUACACAAAUUAGAGGUCGCUGAGCAGAAAUAUCUCCAAUUAGAGAAACAGGUCAAUAGUCAGGCCCCCACGAUAUUGAAUUCGGCACUCCUAAGUUUGAUAACACAGCCGGUAGAUCCCGUAGAAUACAUCGGCCCAGGUGCCUUUAUCUCUAUGGUAAAAGCGUUAAAGAAAAAGAUUCUUGGGAAACAGCUAGAGAAUGAAACAUUCCACAAGAAAGUUGAUUUCUCGUUUCUACAAAUUCCUGAAAAAUUGCCAGAAAAUCUGGUUAUUCUAGAAAAAGGUUUCAUUGAAAGCUAUUUUUCACUUUCCCGAAGUCGAUAUUAUUUUGUAGAUCGGUAUGAGUUUGAUACGUCUAUCCUAGGAAAGGAUCCAUACGAUAGAAGUGACUGGGAAUCAUUUGUCUACUAUGCAGUUGUAGCCAAUGGAUGUAAAUGCCAGGAACUCCGGGAGAUCAAAGUCUUUCCUCCUCCUUCAGUCUACUUUUCUCAAUGUAUCUCAUAUCUUUCUCGUGCAAAACUACGUCCUAUUCAGCAGAUUCAAGCAUGUCUCUUAAUGGCUCUCUAUGUUGGAAGAACUCAUGAUGUGACAUUCAAUAUCAAAGCAUGGGACCUCUCUGGAAUGGCCAUAAGGAAAAUUGUGCAAAUGGGCUUACAUAGAAGGCAACCAAUAUCCAUUGAUAAUGCAGUCCCGUAUGAGUUCUGUAAAAGGUUGUUUUGGUCAGCAUAUAACUUUGAUAGACUUCUUUCUUUAUCCAUGGGAAAACCGUUCUCAAUUCCAGACUAUGCCAUAGAUAUUCCGUUGCCCUUGAGUAUCGAAGACUCUGACCCUCUGACACUCCAUUUCAAAGACAAUUUGUGCAAGUUGCAAAAAGAACAGGAAAGAAACCCAGAUAUGAAGCAACCAAUUCUGUUAAUAGGUACACUUGUUGAAACCAGCAAGAUGAGGAGAAUCGAAGGGGAAAUUUUUAAUUACUUUUACUCAGGACGAAGAGACGGUGCUCAUUCCAUAAUAUUUGAAGGUUUACUUAAUUCUCUAGAAACAUGGGUGCUGAAUCUCCCUCCAAGAGCCAAAGUAGAAGAAGUAUUGAAAGGAGAAGAAUGCUACGAGUACUUCUUACUCUUGUAUCAUAGAGCUCGAUUGAUGUUAUUGUUGCCCAAGCUUACAUCUGAUUCUUUCCCAGGGCUUCCAAGAAACCAAGCAUUAACAGAAUGUCGUUUAGCAGCUGGCGGUAUUUGUCGAGCGUACAAAGUUCUUUUCAAAGGCUCGAUCUUAGGCUUCAGUCUGUAUGCUCUUAACACCAUUUUCCUAGCAGGAGUGACAUUAUUGUACUAUCUCUGGAAUCAAGGAGACUCGGCCAUGUCUAACAUUCAGCAGGAUAUACGAGCUUGUUCGAGUUUGCUUCUUGUUUUUGCCGAGAGACUACCAGAAGCCAAAUCCAAUUCUGAGUUGUUUGAUAACCUUGCGGAUACAGUCGAGAAUGGUAACAAUAAUGGAGGAAGUAAAUCAGGAAAUGGAGCCAGUUCUAUUGAGCAAGGAUAUAAAUCGAACACUUCGAAUAUUCUGCAGCAUUCUCUCGACAAUACUUCUCUUAAUUUCACUUUCGAUGAUGAUUUCUGGGACCAGAUUAAGGAAGAUAUGAUUACACAAAUGACCACACAUCGAUGA